AUUUCCCGCCUGGAUUCCCUUCCGGAGCUCGAGUUUCCUGCUCUUGCCACAUUGAAGCUCUGAAGCAGUAAGGCAGGGGACGGCAGAUGGUUCCGCUCUCCAAAAUGACUUUUCUGACAUAGUUAGCCGCAUGUGUGCGUCUCGUCUGGGUGGACGCGAGGAUAUUCAACCUCCCGGGUCGUGCCUGAACCUUCGUCGCCUCCCUGGGCUCAAAUUGAGGGAGCACCGCUGAGACUAGCAACAAUGCCACAUUGCUUGUGGCCGGAGCCGCUGUCACCCGCACAGCUUAAACGUCUCGAAGAGCACAAAUACAGUGCCUCCGGUCGCUCCUUAUUCGAACCGCCGUGCCAAGUGUACUGGAACUGGUUAGUCCAGCAGAUUCCGACAUGGGUUGCGCCCAACACGCUGACCAUCAUCGGACUCGUAGUGAAUAUUGUCACAACUGUUAUUUUGGUGUACUACUGCCCUUCUGCAACCGAAGAGGCUCCGUCGUGGGCCUUCAUCCUGAGUGCGUUGGGCCUGUUCAUCUACCAGUCUCUGGACGCCAUCGAUGGGAAGCAGGCCCGGCGGACCAACAGCAGCUCUGCUCUGGGGGAGCUCUUUGACCACGGCUGCGAUGCCGUCUCCACAGUGUUCGUUGCCGUGGGAACCUGCAUCUGCUGCGGGAUCGGGAAUUAUCCUAACUGGAUGUUCUUCUGUGGAUUCGUGGGCAUGUUUAUGUUCUUCUGCGCUCACUGGCAGACCUAUGUCUCCGGCACGCUGCAGUUUGGCCUGGUGGAUGUCACCGAAGUCCAGCUUGCCAUCACCAUCAUGUAUGUGAUGUCAGCCAUCGGUGGAGUGCCACUCUGGCAGCUCACGUUGCCUGUGCUCGGCGUGAAGAUGUACGUCUUACCCAUCAUGGGAAUCAUCGGGGGCUUCCUGCUCUCCAGCUACAACUACUUCCAGGUCAUCCUGAAUGGAGGCGUGGGCAAGAACGGCUCCACAGUAGCGGACACCAGUGUGCUCUCCCCCGGCCUCCAUAUUGGCCUCAUCCUCACCCUGGCCUUCAUCAUCUUUAAGAAGUCCUCCAGCGAGCUCUUUGAGCUGCACCCCUGCCUCUACAUCCUCACCUUCGGGAUGGUCAUCGCCAAGAUCUCCAACAAGCUGGUGGUUGCCCACAUGACCAAGAGUGAGCUCAGCCUCCCUGACACGGCCUUCAUCGGACCAGGCCUCCUCUUCCUCAACCAGUACUUCAACAGCUUCAUUGACGAGCACAUCGUCCUCUGGAUCGCUAUGAUCCUGUCCCUGGUGGACCUGACGCGCUACUGCACAGGCGUGUGCUUGCAGAUCGCCGCACACCUGCGCAUCUGCGUGUUCAGCAUCACUGCGCAGGCCCCACCCAAAUCCAGCCGUGACUGACGAAUUGCCCGGCGGGAGGAGGCGGGGAGGUUGGACGGCGAUGGCUCCACCUCCCCACUCUUAGAAGCAGAAGAAGAGAAGAAGGAAGACCCCUCGAACCAAAACCACAACAGCCUUGACUCAGUCACCAUCUCCAGUUAACCUCAACUCCUUUUCUUUUUCUGUUUUCUUUUCUUUCAUUCGUUUUGGUAAAGAGAAGCUAGGUUAGGAUAAUUUUCUCAUGAACAACCAUGUUAAUGUUAAGAGAGUGAACACUGGAAUAUCCUCAUUGGCUAAAAACACAGUUUGGCGGCAGUUAGCUUGACAAACUGUGCUGGAAUCACACUUAGGGAAAUAUUUCAGGCUCUUUAAUCAAUUUUUUUGUCUUUCAUUUUUAAGUGCAAAUCCGUGAUCUUAUUUUCAACCAAUUUAGUAUACAGAUACACUAGACAUUUUUAUUGUCUGUAUUUCUACAAAAUUUGUGAGUUAUAGUCCAAAUCACAUUUCUCCUAAAUGAAGAAUUUACUAGUCACUGCCUUAAGUGGGUUAAUUCCAAUCAGCGAAAACCUGCCAAUGACACUGAAUUGUCUGUCAACACUUGGUCGUACCCAUCCAUCUACACUUUGUCAAUCUCAAAGCUUACCUACUAUACCUUAACACAGGAUAGUCUAUAGGGAUAAAUGCAGCAGGUAGCAACAACAUUACAAAUCUAUACAAAUGAGUUGUUUUGAUCCAGGCAGUUAGAUAUAGUUAGAACAGGUGGCCUAUACCUAUUUUCAAAUGAGCAGUGGCAGUAACCAGCCUUUCGAUUAUCAUCUUUUUAUUUAUUUAUUCUUUGGAAUCUGAAUCGGGUGUGAAUAGUGAAUCUGAAUGAGCUCUGGGUGUAAAACCAAUGGGGUUUGUUUUAUUUUAUUUUUGAGGUUAAUUCCCAAAUGAAGUGGACUGGAACUGCUGCACUCUUCAGGAGAAAGCUUCCUUUUCACGUUGUGAUUACCUGUCAAGGACUGUGGGAGAGGAAGGGACCACGGGCGUGUAUAUCUGCUGAGAACAGAGAGGGACUCUCUGUCUAAACCCCCUCAUACAUACAUCCAGACAGUGCAUCUUUUCCCAGGACUUUCUGAUGUUUAAGAAUGACCACCUCCGUGCCCCUCCCCUUCGCCGAGUCCCUUUCUCUGUUCGAGGACGCAGAAAUACACGGGUACACAAACACACUCCUCCUGCUUUUAAACAUCUCCUCCCUAAAGGGCUAAUCAUUUCAAAUAAAUUUUAUGUGAUUUAAUACAAAACAAAA